AAGUAUCUUCGUUCGGCUUUCAUUGGUCACCCUGAGUGUUUGGGCUGUUGGUUUGUUUGUUUGAUUGGUUGUUUUUGAGAGUAGAUCGAUCUAGAUCGAUCGAUCCAUUGAGAUCCGAUUGAGCUUGAGACCGUUGAGACCGUUGAGGACCCAGACAGAGGUCAAGGAUUGGAUCCGAUUUGAUCUCCAUGGAAGGCCUGGUCAUGACUGAAGGCGUGGCGGACAAGAUGAAUGGGGUGGAUAACCACCAGAACGCUCUAGAUCGCGAGAAAACGUGUCCAUUCCUGCUCCGAGUAUUUUGUUCCACCUCUAGGCACGCCCCCAUUCAAGACUACAACAGAGGACACGUGCCGGCAAACGAGUUGCAGAUCUACACGUGGAAAGAUGCGUCCUUAAAAGAACUGACCAGUUUGGUCAGAGAGGUGAACCCGGAGGCUCGUCGUAAAGGCACUUUUUUCGACUUCGCCCUAGUAUUUCCCAAUCCAGCUCGAAAUUCACCCCAACAUUACAAAACGCGCGAUAUCGGCACCACCGUUUCCGGUCAAAAAGGUCCCGACGAUUCAAAGACCUUACAAGCCUUACGAUUCGUGAUUGGCGACUACCUAGACAUCGCUAUUACGCCCCCUACCGGUGGAGGAGGUAGGCGGGACUUUGGGGGAGGGGGUGGCGGUUUUGGUGGGGGUGCUUUUGGACGACGCGGAGGAGAUCGUUUUGAGCGUAAUAACGAGCGAUUUGGACGUAAUAACGAUCGCAGAUUUCGUCCUUAUUAAGAACAUAAAUGUCCAAUGACAUCAAAUAAACACCAAUUACGAGA